AAUCCAUCAGAAUUCCCUUAUUUAGAGCCUGAAGGAUUGGAAUGUUUUUGGAUUCCCAGAACAAAAUAUGUCGCAAAAUCAAAGUCGAGGUUGUAUAUAAACAGGAGCUGCCGUUCCGGAAUCACAAUGAUGUUGGCGGUCAAUGCGUUGGGCAAAUACGCGGAGCGGGAUAUUGACAUCAUCAUGGGACAUAUUACAAGGUGGGGUGAACUAAUUUGCCUAUGUUCGCCUGGGAACCCCACCGGAACAUUGAUAUCCCUGAAGUCACUCCGAGUCUGCUCUUUGCUCGAUUAUGAGUCAUUCAGAGGCAUCGUUGUUGUGGACGAAGCAUACAUUGACUUCGUGGGCGAAGAUGCGUCAGCGCUCAGCAGUGUUGCUGAUCAAAGAUUACAGGUAAUCUUUCCGUGCUCCCGAGCAUCGGCUGUACACUACUCCCGCCUACGUCUUCUGCUAGCAUUCUCGAAAAAUCGUCAUGUCGACACCAACGGCGAGCUAGAUACGCCGCGUGAGCAAAAUAAAUUUUCUUCGCGACACACGUGGACAGCGGUGUCGAGUUCGAAUGGGGGUUCUUCGCUGAGACUGGUCGCCAGGGGGUACAAGGGCUACAUCUUCUACCCUGCGACCGACUUUGGACCCUCUGCAUGGAAAAUCCGCUCCACUUCGUACAAAAGAGUCGAGAGGUGUGGCGUUACCCGCUUUUGUGAAUGAGUUCGUGUAUGUCACGAGAAGGGACAUCAAGCACGCCGUAAGAAAAUAAAGUUUUUGGUUUCGAACAGCUC